ACACACCCACAUUACUUUUUGUCAACCUCUACUUAGCGGGAGUUGUAGCUGUGAAACCAAGCGUCCAUAUAGCGGAGAAAACCGGCGUUGGAUAUUUAGGGCAACCAUGUCUGACAGAAAAGCAGUCAUAAAAAAUGCCGACAUGUCGGAGGAGAUGCAGCAGGACGCAGUCGAGUGCGCCACGCAGGCUCUGGAGAAGUACAACAUCGAGAAAGACAUCGCUGCAUACAUCAAGAAGGAGUUUGACAAGAAGUACAACCCCACCUGGCAUUGCAUCGUAGGGAGGAACUUUGGCAGCUACGUGACCCAUGAGACCAAGCAUUUCAUCUACUUCUACUUGGGCCAGGUGGCCAUCCUGCUUUUCAAGUCUGGCUAAGGGGCCAGCCGCCCCAGCCCCUUCAACAUCAACUGACCAUUAAAUACGGACUUGACAGAAAGGCUGUAUCAUUCCUGGUCAACUGGGACUGCCUUUUUCUGUGCUGCUUUCUACUAUUUUGUUCAUUGUUGAAGAAAAAAUACAUGGCCAUGUGAGAAAUUAAACACUUUGUAUUUAUUUUUGUUUUCUAUUACAGUAGAUUUGAUGUUGUCAUUUUUUAAAAUUAAUUAAAGUGAUAUCGUUUGGC